CAAAAAUGUUAAGAGGCCUUUUACCUUUCUUUCACUAAGAUAUGUUGUACAAAAUAUUAGACAAAUUAAACAAUAACUAAAAUAUAUAAAGCAAUCACCAAAGUUUUAAAUUGGAUAAGAGGAAGAAGAAUAGUAGUUUAUAUAAUGGAGAAUUUCAAUUUGUAAUAAUAUUUCAAAAAAGUAUUUUAGUCUAGUUGUUAGUGUGCCCCUUUAAAAGGAUAUACCAGCACGAAAUUGAGUUCCGAAAUGAACAUAUUUUUAAAAAAAUGCAUAUAUCAAAACGACAUCGUCUUAUCUUGUUAAAGGUUGAUUAACUUCUGUUAGAGUUAAUGUAGAUUUAGACACGUUUUAAAAAAAUUUGGUAAUUAUUCUUAAAUUAUAAUUGAGUUGAGGUCGUUUUUGGCACUGAUUAUUUGUUCGGGUCCUAUUUGGCACGACUGAGAGUGUUGGGGUCGAAAUUGGCACUUUUUCUCGUAUAUCAAAACGACGCCGUUUUAUCUUGUUAACGGUUGACUAACUUCUGUUAGAGUCAAUGUAGAUUUAGGCACGUUUUAAGAAAUUCAGGUAGUUUUUUUUGAAUUAUAAUUGAGUUGAGGUCGUAUUUGGCACUGAUCAAUUGUUCGGGUCGUAUUUGGCACGACUGAAAUAGUUGGUGUCGAAAAUGACACUUUUCCCCAGUACUAUAUAUGUAUACUUGAAAUUGAAAUAGUAAUUCUCCUUUAAUAGAAACAUGUAUAUAUCGUACAUACUUUCCUUUUUUGUUAAAAGUAUCAUAAACUUUCUUCCAAGUUCUAACUAAAUUCUCUAUCUUCACGACAAAAAGAUAGAAUAUUUUGGAUUUCAACAAAUCAAAUCUCCCAUUGUCUCUUCUUAACUAGAAAGCUUUUACAAAGAUCGAUAUUAAAAUAUGUAGAUCAAGAGAUCAUGUUGUUAAUAUCCAAGCGUUUCAAACACGCAAACAAAUAAAUAGAUAAAUAAUUUUACAUAAUGACUCAAGUAAGGGUUAUUCAGAAUACGCCAUAGGUUCUUAAGAUGUUGGGUGUUAAUAUUGGUAAUGGACAGUCCAAAUCCAACUCAAAACCAACACUCAUAUGAAAGCCUAAGACUACACAACCCAGUAAGGAUUCAGCCCACUCCAGCAGUUCAAGAACAACCUGAACAAGAGAACAAAACAACGUCCGCACAGAACUCAACAGAAAGGAAAAGCAAUCCGUAAAAGGCAUUGCAACCUCAUCAACAGCUCAUCAUACAGCAACGGCUAAUAAGUUCUCUAUGCUAAAAGAUAAGGAUGAUGACACAUCAUUUAACCUAGAUUCCUAAGUGUAUAAAUUAGAGUGAUGUAAUAGACCUUAAGCGAGAAAAUAAAUAAAACAGUUCAAAUAUUAUAUGAGAAGACAUUAACACCAUAGCCAGUUUGGAGUACAAGCCAAUGGAAUCAUUAGCUUGGGGCCAAUGGCUAUAAAAAUAAUUUAAGGGGAAACUUAGAUGAGGAUCAAUCAUUCCAGUUGGUUAAAGUUUAAGGAUGAUGAGUUAUGUGUUAACUGGUAAUGAGUCUUCAUAUGUAAUACCAUAUCAAAAGUUAUUUUUCGGUUUUACUUAUUUCUUACAAAUGUUUUUACAUGCAUACAGUUAACAAACUAAUUACUAGGACUAAUUAUCAUUAUUACUGGAUAUUUAUAGUUAUUUAAUCAAUAAAUUUAUUUUAAAUGAGAUUUUGGAAAUAAAAAUAGAAAAUUGUCCCAAAAUUUUAUGUAUUUAUUUAUAUAUAUUGUUAAUAAAUAAAACUUAAUAAUGAUAUUAUUAUAUUUUCAAAAUAUUUCAAUUUUAAAGAAUACAAUUAAUCAUCAAUGCUAAUAUUUUCAAAAUAUUUCAAUUCUGUAUAACUACGCUUACAUUUGUGCCUUCUAUUUUGGACAUUAUCUGGGUGAAUAUGUCGUUGCAAUCUACGAAAGCAUAACUACAUUCUUCACCAAGUAAGGGUUAUUCAGAAUACGCCAUAGGUUCUUAAGAUGUUGGGUGUUAAUAUUGGUAAUGGACAGUCCAAAUCCAACUCAAAACCAACACUCAUAUGAAAGCCUAAGACUACACAACCCAGUAAGGAUUCAGCCCACUCCAGCAGUUCAAGAACAACCUGAACAAGAGAACAAAACAACGGCCGUACGGAGCUCAACGGAAAGGAAAAGCAAUCCGUAAAAGGCAUUGCAUCCUCAUCAACAGCUCAUCAUACAGCAACGGCUAAUAAGUUCUCUAUGCUAAAAGAUAAGGACGAUGACACAUCAUUUAACCUAGAUUCCUAAGUGUAUAAAUUAGAGUGAUGUAAUAGACCUUAAGCGAGAAAAUAAAUAAAACAGUUCAAAUAUUAUAUGAGAAGACGUUAACAACAUAGCCAGUUUGGAGUACAAGCCAAUGGAAUCAUUAGCUUGGGGCCAAUGGCUAUAAAAAUAAUUUAAGGGGAAACUUAGAUGAGGAUCAAUCAUUCCAGUUGGUUAAAGUUUAAAGAUGAUGAGUUAUGUGUUAACUGGUAAUGAGUCUUCAUAUGUAAUACCAUAUCAAAAGUUAUUUUUCGGUUUUACUUAUUUCUUACAAAUGUUUUUACAUGCAUACAGUUAACAAACUAAUUACUAGGACUAAUUAUCAUUAUUACUGGAUAUUAAUAGUUAUUUAAUCAAUAAAUUUAUUUUAAAUGAGAUUUUGGAAAUAAAAAUAGAAAAUUGUCCCAAAAUUUUAUGUAUUUAUUUAUAUAUAUUGUUAAUAAAUAAAACUUAAUAAUGAUGUUAUUAUAUUUUCAAAAUAUUUCAAUUUUAAAGAAUACAAUUAAUCAUCAAUGCUAAUAUUUUCAAAAUAUUUCAAUUCUGUAUAACUACGCUUACAUUUGUGCCUUCUAUUUUGGACAUUAUCUGGGUGAAUAUGUCGUUGCAAUCUACGAAAGCAUAACUACAUUCUUCACCAAGUAAGGGUUAUUCAGAAUACGCCAUAGUUUCUUAAGAUGUUGGGUGUUAAUAUUGGUAAUGGACAGUCCAAAUCCAACUCAAAACCAACACUCAUAUGAAAGCCUAAGACUACACAACCCAGUAAGGAUUCAGCCCACUCCAGCAGUUCAAGAACAACCUGAACAAGAGAACAAAACAACGUCCGUACGGAGCUCAACGGAAAGGAAAAGCAAUCCGUAAAAGGCAUUGCAACCUCAUCAACAGCUCAUCAUACAGCAACGGCUAAUAAGUUCUCUAUGCUAAAAGAUAAGGAUGAUGACACAUCAUUUAACCUAGAUUCCUAAGUGUAUAAAUUAGAGUGAUGUAAUAGACCUUAAGCGAGAAAAUAAAUAAAACAGUUCAAAUAUUAUAUGAGAAGACGUUAACAACAUAGCCAGUUUGGAGUACAAGCCAAUGAAUCAUUAGCUUGGGGCCAAUGGCUAUAAAAAUAAUUUAAGGGGAAACUUAGAUGAGGAUCAAUCAUUCCAGUUGGUUAAAGUUUAAAGAUGAUGAGUUAUGUGUUAACUGGUAAUGAGUCUUCAUAUGUAAUACCAUAUCAAAAGUUAUUUUUCGGUUUUACUUAUUUCUUACAAAUGUUUUUACAUGCAUACAGUUAACAAACUAAAUUACUAGUACUUAUUAUCAUUGUUACUGGAUAUUUAUAGUUAUUUAAUCAAUAAAUUUAUUUUAAAUGAGUUUUUGGAAAUAAAAAUAGAAAAUUGUCCCAAAAUUUUAUAUGUAUUUAUAUAUAUAUAUUGUUAAUAAAUAAAACUUAAUAAUGAUAUUAUUAUAUUUUCAAAAUAUUUCAAUUUUAAAGAAUACAAUUAAUCAUCAAUGCUAAGUGUAUAAAUUCUUUUAAAUUAUUUUUAGGUUCUUCUAAGGGUAUCAAUCAUCAGUGAUAAUUGUAUAAAUUAUGCGGUAGAUUCUCUCAACACCAUACAUUAUCUUAUAGGUUCUAUAACGAAGUAAUUAAAGAAUAAUAAACGUAUAUACAAUGUAUCUAUUUUUCGCGAUAAUUAGACGUCACUUAGGCUCUAUAGUGGAGUAUUUGUUUUACUCUAAUUACUCUGGCUUGACUUCGUAAAGGGUUAGAAUUUAACGGCAGCCAGCAAUUGAGGAUUAUCGGCGAUUGUCAGCGUACACGUGUUGGUCUAGCAAUUUAGUUACUACAGACUGAUAUGGGUUAAUUUGGAUUUUUGUGAUAUUGGAGAAAUUCCUUUGAUUUUUUCUUUUUUGUAGAGAAUGCUUUUUUGUAUUACUAGGAUUUUGUUUUCUUAAUAUUCCACAUCCCUAAACUUAGGAAACAUAUCAAGUUAACAAAGUAAUAUAAAAUAUCUAGAAAUAUUUUAGAAAAAUAUCUUCCAUUUAUCUUUUCUUGACACGACUAAUUGGUUAUAAAUAAAUUAAAUACAACGCAUGCCAACUCUAUAAAUACUUCUCUUUCCACACCAAAACCUCAAACUCUCUAACAAACCACUAAGGAAAAGAUGGAAGCGAAAUCAUUUCUUCUCCAUUUUAUCCUCUUUAUUGUCAUUUUCUCUCAUUUUUCUCACUCAACUUCCUCAAGGAUCCUAAACAAACCCUCAAACUGCUCAUCGUCUGCAAGUUUAGUGAGCCGUAAUGCGGAGAGGCUGAUCAAGUCCUUCAAUCUAAUGCCUGACCAUGACGUCAAUGUCAUCGCAAAGGGAAGCCCUGAUGUUCCCCGACUCAUUGAAAGCCAAAUCAAUUUUCCGGAAACCAUCGGUAUAAGAAACACUAUAGGUGGUCCUUCUGUCCAACAAUUCGGCCACUAUGGCGGUUACUACAGCCUCACUCAUACUAAAUCAGCUAAGAUGUUCUAUUUCUUCUUUGAGUCACGGACCAACAACACCGAUCCGGUUGUGAUUUGGUUAUCUGGUGGACCGGGUUGUAGUAGCAGUGUGGCUCUGUUCUAUGAGAACGGUCCGUUCACAAUAUCGGAUGAUCUCUCUCUUUCUUGGAACGAUUUUGGUUGGGACAAGGUAUCCAAUCUAAUAUACGUGGACCAACCGGUCGGGACUGGUUUCAGUUACACAUCGGACCAAAGCGAUCUUCGCCACGACGAGACUGGUGUGAGCAAUGAUCUCUACGAUUUCUUACAGGCCUUUUUCAAAGAACACCCGAAGUAUGCAAAAAAUGAUUUCUAUAUCACGGGUGAAUCAUAUGCUGGUCACUACGUCCCUGCUUUGGCUUCACGAGUUCACAACGGAAACAAGAAUAAGGAAGGGAUUCCAAUCAACCUUAAGGGUUUUGCGAUUGGUAACGGUUUAACCAACCCGGAGAUUCAAUAUGGUGCAUAUGGGGAUUAUGCCCUGGAAAUGAAGUUGAUCUCUGAGUCUGAUCAUGAGAGUCUCAAGCAAGACUAUGUUUUUUGUCAAAGUUCCAUCAAAAAAUGCAGUAACUUCCAUAAAAUCUAUUUGUUUCGAAUAUUUUUGGAUUUGGGUUUGGAAAAAAACUUUUCGAGUCUAAAAUCUGUUUUUUUUUUAAAAUCAAUUUCAGACCUUAAUGGUGGUGAAGAAUGUAGUUAUGCUUUCGUAGAUUGCAACGACAUAUUCACCCAGAUAAUGUCCAAAAUAGAAGGCACAAAUUUUUAUGACUUAAGGAAAAAGUGUGUUGGAAGCUUGUGCUAUGACUUUUCGAAAAUGGAAGCAUUUUUGAACCAAAAGAAAGUACGCAAAGCUCUAGGAGUUGGAAACAUCGACUUUGUGUCGUGUAGUACCACAGUUUAUAAAGCAAUGCUAAAUGAUUGGAUGGUAAAUCUUGCUGACAAGAUUCCACGGCUUCUUGAAGAUGGAAUCAGUCUCCUUGUCUAUGCAGGAGAAUUCGAUAUCAUAUGUAACUGGCUUGGCAACUCCAGGUGGGUUGAUCAGCUAAACUGGUCAAACCAGAAGGAGUAUGGAUCAGCCAAGAGAGUCCCGUUCUUGGUAGAUGGGAAGGAAGCUGGGCUAAUGAAGAAUCACGGUCCUCUCACUUUUCUUAAGGUUCAUGAUGCUGGACACAUGGUUCCUAUGGAUCAGCCAAAGGCUUCUUUGCAAAUGCUUCAGACUUGGAUGCAAGGAAAGCUUGCUACUCCUACUCCGACUGGUGCAACAGUUCGUCAGUUAUUCUAGCCGAAUAUUUCUUAACCGAAUACGAACUGGUUGUUGUAGUUCCUUAACUAACUAAUCAAAAUAAAUUUCAGUUCGAUAAUGCAGAUGGCUCUUUUAUAUUCUCUGAGCGUGACCAUACAUUCAUAAAUUUAUAUAUAUAUAUAUAUAUAUAUAUAUAUCUCUGCAAACUUAUAACGAGAGAAACAUCUAGAGUUGACCAAAACACUUUAUAAUUUUUUUUGUCAAUCGUUGUUCAAAAUGAAAAAUGUAAAAGGUCUCGCUAAAACAAGAAACGCUUGGUUAGUUUCAAACAUGGAAGACAACGAUGAUAUAUACUUAUGGCUCAGCUGAGAUCUAUGUAACACUAAUUUUCUAGUCCCUAUAAUUUCCCGACCACUCUCUGUCUGCUUUUAAGAAAAACGUCCCAUGUCUUCCAAUUGUUCUAAGAGAAGAACGUUUCAUACUCUCACUGGUUUAAGCAGAUUUAGGAGGUUACGUUCUUAACGAGUUUGACAGAGGAGUCCAAAGAACCAUCUGUGAUAGAAUUAUAACAAUCAGCAAAAAUAAAGGUGCAACGAAUUCUAAAGUUUCACUUGCAGGAAAUCAACGGGUCCUAUGAACUUUUUGAAGGAUCGGCGAAAGGUUUGAUUCUUCUCUCAUGAUAGUAUAAGAAACCUUUCUCUGUUUUGUCACCAAUUUACUUAGUCUUCUAUCAUUUCCUUCAAAACUUACAAUAUAACCAAUGUACAUAAACAUUACGCACUUAUACGGAUUAAAGAACUUUACAGAUGAAUAUAAUCCAAGGUUACAAAAAUAUAUCUUCACUUCUUUUAUCAAAAAAAUAUAUAUAUAUAUAUCUUCACUAUCUUUUUUUUUUUUUUGACACACAUAUACCUUCACUAUCUAAUAGACUUUUUCUCUUCCUUGAAAUCUGAGAAGACUCCUUUCCAGCCAGCGUAGAAAUGAUCGAGAAAUAACGACUUUGUUUCUCCUAAAUUUCGAAGUAACACACAACAAAUACAGUUUUUAAAGUGGAAAGUACCCUUUUCGGUUCACAUAAUUUUUAGAUCAAUGUCUCGACACCAAAAACCCUUACUUCUCCGUAGCCAUGCACCAUUUUGAUCAAAUAUCUUGCAAGCACUCAUACUCUCCACUGAAUCAUGAAAUGAUGGAGCUUUAUGAAUCAUGAAAGUGGGACGCCUAUAUUAGGGAGGAGGUGAAAGGGGAGAGUAACUCCGAGUGAAUUGGGAGGCGAUAGAAAACAAUAGGGGCCAAUGGUGGUUUCUGAAGAUAUGUGAAACGGUCCAUAUUUCAUAAUAAAAGGCCAAUAUUUGUUUACGGUCCAUUGGUUAACUGAAAAUGGAUUAGACAACGGUGACGUGACAUGCCUCACCACUCACCAUAGUCCCCUUUUCCUUCAGUCAAGUCACAGAGUAUCAUAU